GCACUCCAGUCUGAGCAGCAAGAGUGAAACUCUUCUCAAAAAAUAAAAAAUAAAAUGAAAAUAAAAUUAAGAGGUAGACACUAGGCUUGAGUUCAGCAUUAGAAAUCUCCAGAGCUAGGGUGCCUUCUAAGAAGCCCCUUUGCGUUCUGGGGUCUCAGACCUCAGUGAGGCUUAGUAGGAUUUUGUAUUUUCUUUCAUUCUGACUCACCACAGACAUUUAUGGGGGAGAUGGGGAGAGAUUAAGGAGAAAAAGGUAAUUCCGGAGACCUAAGUGGGGAGGGAUGAGCAGAGGGAGAGUCAGAUGAUGCUGGAAGCCUCUGAGGAAAAGUCAGGGAAAGAAACCAGAGAGAAAAGACUUUACUGCUGAAUUUUCCAUGGGGCCCAGUGAGACUCAAAGCUAAGGUGGGAAGGUCUUCCAUCUGCUCAGGACCCAGGAGAGAAAGGUACUUUGCAGAUGUUCCCUGGGAGCCUUGGGGAAAAUGCCUCCCUUCCUCAACAAAGCAGGCAGGGUCCGCCCAGUUGCCCUGGCAGUAACCACAUUGUGAGGUGGUUCCAGUUACAGGCAGAGGGGUCUGAGUGGGAAGAGACAGAGGUGUUGAGAGCAGUGGGCUCUGCUUGUCCCCACCCCCACCUGGGGCCUCACACCAUCCCACUAUCAUGGGUAGUGCCUACCACUGGGAGGCCCGGCGCCGGCAGAUGGCUUUGGACCGAAGGAGGUGGCUGAUGGCCCAGCAGCAGCAGGAGCUGCAGCAGAAAGAACAGGAACUGAAGAAACACCAGGAGGAAGAACAACAACUGGAGAAAAAACUCCAGCCACCUAAGAAGUCAAAUGUGCCGCAACCACCAGUGGCGAAAUUGUGGACAUCACGGGAGCAACAACAGCCAUCACAGCAGCAGCCAUCGGUGCAGCCAACAUCGCAGCCACCGCCACAGCCAUCACCACUGCCACAGGCACAGGCGCGGCCAGGGCCACAGCCACCACCUCAGCCAACACAACCAAGUGCUCAAGCCCGUUGUACUCAGCACACCUCCAAAUGCAAUCUCCAAGAUUCCCAAAGGCCAGGUCUCAUGAACCCAUGCCAAUCUAGCCCCAUCAAAAACACUGGGUAUUCACAACUCAAGUCUACCAACUACAUACAGCAGUGGUGACCCAGAGAUUGAACCCAAGACCCCAGUGGCCAUCCCCAAAAUGCAGAUGAGCAGCCACAUCUUCUCAGCAUCCAGCAACAUCUCCAGUUCAAAAGCCACCCACUCUAGAAGAGGAGGCUUCCAGGAAUAAAACGGUCUUGCUAAUGUUGCUGCUCUUGUUAGACCUGAACUCCUGGGCUCCAGAGAUCCUCCCACCUCAGCUUCCUGAGUAGCUGGGACUACAG